AUGAAAACAAAACGUUACAAUGUUUUCCUACGUCCGUCGAUAACAUUAUUUCUGUCUUUCUCUGUGCCCCUUAAGAUUACGAUGUGGCUUAACUCCAGUUACGCGUUAGCCGAUAAAAUACUACUUUUACUAUUCCUUAGUCGUCUUCAUUUCCACUUCCCUUCCCUCACCUCCGGCACUCAAGUGAAUUAUCACGUCCCUUUCCUUGCAGCAGCUGCGGAAGCUCAUUACUGGUGGACAAACAACACACUUGAAAAGGCGCAACGGGGCACUUCAAGCUGUGAUCAUAAACCAAACCAGGUACAAAAACGAACCCGCUCCCCCUAA